AUGACAACAACGAAAGGAAAGACCACUCCUGAAAAGGCGAAAAACAACCAAACAAUCCCAGAAUUUAUCACUCAGAACAAAACACCAAAUGAAAAACUAAUCCCGGCCCUAGAGAAGCUUCUCCCAAGCUCUCUACCUGUUUUGCGCCGUAUUCAGUAUGAUUGCGCACAUCCGAGGGAAACUGCUCAUUACGUCGUCAGCGCGAAUCUGAUUUCGGGAAAUGGAGAAAAAGUCGAUGAGCCAUGGAUUGCAGCUUAUGUGGAUCUAUUUGCUGGCAGAGAGACUCAGGCAUGGGUAUAUUCCAGUCUUGAGGCUGAGGUUUUGCCAGCGGAUGACGAUGAUGAUGGCGAGAAGAAUAUAUCCGACUUUUCAGCCGUUAGUCAAAAUAGGCUGAACAUUGCGAGGGAGCAGUUUUGGAAUCUCUUGCAGUUCAUUCACCGCAACUUGAUGCCUGCAUAUCUCUCUCAUCUAUCGGAGGUGGACGACAAACUCAAUCGAAGAGAGGAAGAAGGCAAUAAUGUCGAGCCUAAGGUCAAAGUGAUCGCAAAACACAAGGCCCCCGCUAUACUUCUAGGGUCUCUACAUACGGGGCUGAUGAAAUUACUUCUCGCAAAUGACAACGACUCCUACACCAGUGCUAAUUUCAAAUCUGGAUUGAAGGUUCAUCGCUACGACACUUCGCCAUAUGUGAAAUACAUCUUCCCUUCGAAGGUCUUCCAAACUAGUGAUGGACAGAGUAACGCUCUUCCACAGGGUUAUUACUUUGGGAGAAAUGGACUGCUGCCGGAACAUGUUGAGCUGGUGAAGUCUCGCACACAUAUUCCACGGGAACGAAAGACGUUACUUAAUAUGCCUAGUGUUGUCAUUUACUACAAUGGCUCUUCUUCCUUCUCCUCGGCAACAGAAUCACCACCGUCAGCCUCGCCUAUUGCCUGGGGAUUCCUCGCCUUUGAUGGAUCUCUGGCAACGUUACAUGUUGAGCCCGAACAUCGUGGCAAGGGCCUGGCAAUCGCAUUAUCCAAGGAGGUUAUGCGAAGAGGAAUGGCGACGGGGUUCUAUGGCUCACCGGAGGCAGCGGAUUUGAGCUACGCGCAUGCCGACGUCGCGGAGAGUAAUGCGGCAAGUAGAAGGGUUAUGGAAAAACUGGGAGGGCGCGGUUGGAGGUGGUCUAUCACCUGGGCUGUUGUGGAAGUGCUGGAUUCGUAG